AUGUCGGAGGAAGGCGGAGACAUGGAACAGUCCGAGGAAGACCGCACUGGACGCCGCAAGCACGAGGAAGAGAGAGACAGGGAUUCGAGGAAUGCGACGGUGCGAAAGGAGGAGGAUCAGGCCGAGACGAUAAACGGGAGGAGGGUGUGUGCGCGGACGUGUGCGCGGACGUGUGCACUGAAGAAGCAGAGACCAGAAUAA